AAAUGCAGCCGAUCUUCCAUGCAAUCCUUCAAAAUGACCUUCCAACUUUUCUGAGUUUGGUAGAAGAGAGAAACUCGUCUCUGGAGGAGAGAACCGAUAAAGAACACUUGAACGACACGGUUUUGCACAUGGCUGCGAAGCUUGGUCACGGAGAACUCGUCUCCAUGAUUAUUGAUCGCCGACCUUCCCUAGUCUGUUCCCUCAACGCAGAGGGAAACACACCGUUGCAUCUUGCUGCUCUCCUUGGAUACAUCGACAUAGUAGUGCAGAUGUUAGAGACUGGAUUAGAAGCUUGUACCGCACGAAACAACAACAAUGACACACCUCUCCACUUAGCUUGCCGCAGCAUUUCCAUGGAGGCUGCCAAACUCAUUGCUGAAAAGACAAACUCAGUUGAUCACGGUGAACUCAAUUUCGCCAUAUCAACUGGAUCCACUUGUGUUGUAAAGAUUAUACUUGAGAGAUUCCCAGACCUAGCUAGGGAGGAAGCUUGGCCUGUCCAAGGCGGCUCGCUAUCAACGCUAUUGCAUCAUGCGUGUGAUAGAGGAGACCUUGAAUUGACAAGAAUAUUGUUUGGGCUCGAUCAAAGACUAGAGGAAGCUCUUAACACCAACGGUUUAUCACCUCUGCACCUGGCGGUCCUCAGAGGCUCGGUUGUAAUCCUGGAGGAGUUCAUAAACAAGGCUCCAUUAUCUUUCUUGUCUCACACGCCAUCAAAAGAGACAGUCUUUCAUCUUGCUGCACGAAAUAAAAACAUGGAUGCCUUUGUUUUCAUGGCAGAGCGUUUGGGCAGUAACAGCCAGUUUCUUUUGCAGAAAACAGAUGAAAAUGGCAACACUGUCUUACAUACUGCUGCUUCCGUGGCUUGUGGUGCUCCGCUUAUUCGUUACAUCAUUGCUAUGAAGAUAGUAGAUAUCAGCAACAAAAACAAGAUGGGUUUUGCAGCUUAUCACCUUCUCCCCCAUGAUGCUCAAGACUUUGAGUUGUUAUCAAGUUGGCUGAGGUUUGACACCGAGACUUCAGACGAGCUGGAUUCUGAUGUAGUUGAAAUAUACUUAGACGCCUCUAGUCCAGUGAAACCAUUACGGUCACGCUUUGAAUCUUCAGAUACCCGCAAAAACUCUCAUGAGGACGAGGUAAUAAAGUUGCUGAAUCUAAUCGGACUAAACACAUCAGAGAUGGUAGAGAGAAAGACACGCAAGGCACAUGGAGUGAAAAAAGGUAGUGAAAACUUGGAAUAUGACAUGUACAUAGAAGCGUUACAAAACGCAAGAAACACGAUUACUAUAGUAGCAGUAUUGAUCGCUUCAGUUGCUUAUGCCGGUGGGAUAAACCCUCCAGGCGGCGUCUACCAAGACGGGCCAUGGAGAGGCAAAUCCAUAGUGGGGAAAACGACAGCGUUUAAAGUCUUUGCGAUAUGCAACAACAUAGCACUGUUCACGUCCUUGGCCAUUGUUAUUCUUCUCGUUAGCAUCAUACCUUACAAAAGGAAACCCUUGAAGAAGUUACUGGUGGCCACACAUAGAAUGAUGUGGGUUUCUAUUGGGUUCAUGGCCACUGCUUAUGUUGCAGCGUCCUGGGUGACUAUACCACAUUACCAUGGAACACGAUGGUUGUUUCCAGCUAUUGUCGCAGUUGCUGGUGGAGCGUUGGCUGUGCUGUUUUCAUAUCUUGGUGUUGAAGCCAUUGGUCAUUGGUUUAAGAAGAAGGCUCGGGUAGGAGUUAUACCUUCCUUUGCAAGGACCAAUUCAGAUUUGGCCAUAUCUGGAAAAUCUGGUUAUUUUGCUUAUUGA